GGACUUGUUGGUAUAGUAUGGUCCCAAACCGUCGGAGAGUAUAUUAGGUUCUGUAUUCGGUAAUCCUCUCUCACCCCUUUGCCUCCCCUCUCUGAGGGGUUUCCCUUUCCAUUUCCCAUUUUCCGUCACUUUCCCGAGAAAAUUCCACGACAAUCUUCUCCUUCUCAUUUCAACUGUCACCGAAACCCAACUUCGUUUAGGGUUCGAAAUCGCUGGUUAGGGUUUUCUUUUCCUCGGUUUUCCGUGUUUGCUCGGGAUUGAAGAUUGGAGAUGGGGAGCAUCGAUCGUUCCGAUCGCCGGAAGUUCAGGACCGAUUUCACGGCGGAAGGAGUGGCGGUGCUGAGGGAAAAAGUGAAUGAGAAGCUGAAGGAGUUCAUGGGGGAUUACACUGAUGACACUCUUGUGGAAUAUGUUAUUGUGUUACUGAGGAAUGGCAGGGACAAAGAUCAAGCGAAGAAUGAGUUAAAUGUUUUUUUGGGGGAUGACAGUGAUUCUUUUGUAGCCUGGUUGUGGGAUCAUUUGGCUUUGAAUAUAGAUUUGUAUGUACAAUCUAAAGAGUUGCAGGAUGAAGCUCCCAAAAGAAAGCUUAUAUCAGAGGUCCAAGCUGGAGGUGAUGGUUUUCAGCAUUUGAAUUCACAGUCAGAAAGAGUAGAGUCUAAUAAGUUAUCUAGAAGUCGCCGUAACAAAGAUUGGAAAGGAUUGGUGGGGAGAGAUACUGAAGCACCAUACCUUUGGAACUCUGAGGUUGACAAUGUUCAUUUGGAGGAAAAAGACCGAUCUAAAGUCAAUCGUGGUCCAAGGUUACAAUCUCCUCCAUCACCAGUUCAACGGAAAAGGAGACGGUCUGUUGAUCAGCAGAAGACUAAGAGGGAUUCAGGCUCACAAGUAACAAUUCAUGCUCCUCGACGGCUGCUUCAGUUUGCAGUACGAGAUGCAGUGGCUACUUCAAGACCAUAUAACUCAGGCACACCAGUAGAAACCUCUUUGAAGCGUCUUCGUUCUGUAGUUUCUACAUCCUCUGUUGACUCAUCCUUGGUUGAACAUCCUCAGAGGAUGCAGACCACCAGGGUGGCAAACCCCACGUCUACAGUGCUCAAGGCUGUGCCAGAAGCUGCUGAAGAUGCGGUAAAAUUCAAAUACUCAGGAAGUGUAUUUGAUCGGCUUGGCUGUAAUAUAAAUCGAUCAGAUGGUAACAGGAAACUUGAUGAUGAUUACCAACAUCAGGAGCAAAGUCAGUUAUUGUAUCUUCAAAGAACUGACUAUGGUGAUCAGUAUGCUGGAAACAUGUCAACGUUUCAACAUGAAACUGCUUUUCUUUCUGAUUCUACUUCAGACGAUGAAGGGUUUGAUGAUGUUAAUGUCAUGGGUCAUAGGGUGAGUAGAGCUUCUCAAUUAGGCUCCUCUGGUGGAAACAGGGGUGAUGACUCAUUGAUGGUGCAUUAUAGUGUAGCAAAAAAUGAUGAUGAGAAUGUCUCUCUUGAACGAAAUAGAGAUCAGGAGCAAUCUGCUGUUACACCUAACACUUCCAAGAUAGUGAACAUUUCGGUUAAUGUAAAUACUUGGAAGCCCCCUGGCCCAGCACAAUGCCAGGAACCUAGGAAGGUUGCAGAAUUAGAUGGUCAAAAAACCCUAAACAGUAACAUUGGAGCUCCAAGAUCUGAUCCAAGACUGGUGAAGGAGAACGCCAGAGCUUUGAAAACUAAUCAUGGGAAUGUGAACUCUACCCUGGAUUUGAAGAAAGCGCCUCCGAAGGCACAACUAUUGACUGCUGCUCAUGUGUUCUCAGGUCCAAGUGCGGCUGGUCAUUUGUUAGAGGAUGCUGAUUCACGAACUAUUUUUGCCAGCAAUGUUCAUUUUGCUGCAACCAAAGAUGGCCUAUCGCGUCAUUUUAAUAAAUUUGGGGAAGUGCUAAAAGUUGUUAUAGUUACUGAUGCAAUGACAGGACAACCAAAAGGGGCAGCUUAUGUGGAGUUCAUGAGUAAAGAAGCUGCAGAUAAUGCAUUAUCACUGGAUGGAACUUCCUUCAUGUCACGUAUUCUCAAGGUUGUGAGGAAAAGUGCUGCACCUCAAGAGUAUGCUCCAGCCCUGCCAUGGCCACGUGGAGUUAGGGGAUCACCAUUUCCCUCUGCUAGGUUUUCAAGAGCUCCCUUCCCGAGAGGUGUUGUCGGGGCAUUUAGCCCUAGGCCCCCAGUUAAAUUUGGUUCCAGGAGCUUGCAAUGGAAGCGGGAUGCUCAGGGUAUUUCAUCAGAAAGUAGUGCAGCUUCAAAUUACAGCAAUCUUUCUUCACCUGGUGCUCGAGGUCUCACCUAUGUGAGAACAGAAUCUAAGCUGGAUGCCAGCUUGAAUUCCACGUAAUUUACUUCUUCAAUGAAUGGUGGCAGACUAUGUUUACUUAUGGCCCUAAAGACUUGAAAAUAAAAAUUCUGAAUGUAGGGAGACACUUAGGGGUUAAUUUUGGAUUUUUAUUCUUUGUACAUGUUGGAGGACAUUUUAAUUAUCUAAAUAUAUUGUCAUCGUUGGUUGUUGAAGUUCCAGAUUAGGUGUGGAUCGUUGGGAUGAAGAUGAGAAGUGUAAUGGAAAUAGUUGAUUUAUCAAUACAGCUGAGGUAAAGUAUCUGGGGAUGUAUGGACUCGGACAUGGUCUUUUUGGUCACUGGAUAGUCUCUUUCACGUGUUACUUUUCAAUACUUUGCAAGCAUUGCUAGUGAGAGAAAAAUUAGAGGGGACAAAAAUAGGAAAAGCAUACAUGAGUUGUGCGAGAUUGCUUCAUUAAACUCUGGUGUACAUAAAUAAAGACUCGAUUCAUUC